UAAUUAAAAGAUAUGAUACAUUUAGAUAGAAUAUGACAGAACCAAGUAAUUUCUUUAGUUUAUAAAAUUUAAGUUUCUAGUUUAUAAAUUUGAAGUUAAGUAUUCAGAAACACAGAAUGAAAAUCCAUUCCGCAAUAUCUUUUGUAAUUUUGUGGCAAAUGACUAGUUUGGUUUUGAGCCGUCCAGAUGCAAACAAACCAUUGAUACUUACCGAUCUCAUUGAGCAAGGAAAAAUCGAAGAAGCAAGAAAUUUAGCUGAAGUAAGAUUCAAAACUUCACAAGCUCCUAAACUGCUGAGCUAUUCGGGAUAUUUUAACGUUGACAAGACUUACGACUCUAACAUAUUCUUUUGGUUCUUUCCAUCCGAAUAUAGUUUGAACGACCCGGUAAUAAUGUGGUUACAAGGUGGACCAGGUUGGUCUAGUUUGAAUGGCCUUUUUAUGGAGAACGGGCCGUUUAUUUCGUCAUCAAAUGGAUCUAUUGAACUAAGGGACACUUACUGGAGUAAAAAUCACUCAGUGCUCUAUGUCGACCAGCCUGUAGGUACUGGUUUCAGUUACACAAGUCAAGGUGGCUACGUACAAAAUCAGACUAUUUUAGGUGUCUAUUUGUAUAACGUUCUCAUACAGUUCUUCCAGUUAUUCCCUCAACUACAAUCAAACACAUUCUUUAUUGCUGGUGAAUCUUAUGCGGGAAAAUACAUACCUUCCAUCGGAAACGUUAUUUCAAAAAGAAAUAUUAAUGCCAAAAUAAAAAUAAAUCUUCAAGGUUUAAUGAUAGGGAAUGGAUAUGUUGAUCCUGAAAAUCAAAUUAUUUACAGUGAUUAUUUAUAUCAAUUGGGGCUUGUUGAUUUAAAUGAAAAGCAACUAAUUAAGAAGUAUGAAGAUGAAAUUAUUAACUAUAUCAAAAACAACAAUUUUCUUGCAGCAGGUAAUGCCCUAGAUAGCUUAGUGACAGGUUAUACCCAAAAACCUUUAAUUUUAAAUAUAACAGGCUUAACAUCAGUGUAUAAUUUUUUAUUGCUUCACGAGGUCAAUCAAACUUGGACAAAGUUUGUCACAAAUAAGGAGAUCAGAAAAUUAAUUCACGUAGGCAACGUAAAAUUCGGAGAAAUGAAGCAAACUGUAGAAAAGAAUUUGUGGUUGGACAUAGCCAAGAGUGAGGCAACGAUACUUUCAAGGCUCUUGGAUCAUUAUAGAGUCUUAUUAUACAGCGGUCAAGAUGAUAUAAUCAUCGCCUAUCCAACAACAGUAAAUUUCUUGAAGAGACUCAAUUUUACCGCGUCUCAGGAGUACAAACAUGCUAAAAGAAGAAUUUGGAGAGUUGAAAAUGAAAUUGCCGGAUAUAGAAAAACUGCAGGGAAUCUUACGGAGGUGCUAGUGAGAAAUGCAGGACAUAUGGUGCCUGCGGAUCAACCCAGGUGGAGUUACAAUUUAAUUUAUAACUUCAUUAGAAAAGCAGAUUAAAUUUAGGCACGUUAACAUAUCCAAAUUGUAAUUAUACAAUCUUAUUUUCUUGUUAAUUGUCCAAUCUUUUGUAAUGAGAAUAUAAAAUUAGAGUGUCAAUUGUUUAAAGGGUGUUGAAUAAUUAAGCUAGCGCAAGGCACUGCAUAGGUAUAAGCACAGGUAUAAGCAAUCAUACGUAAAGCUACCGUAUGAUCGAAAAAAACGGCGUCCAGUUGGCUUGGAAAUGACGAUUGUUGACAUUCCCCAUAUAAUUUUACAUAUAUAAAAUGACAGCGAUCUGCGAUCUUUAUUUCAUAGCCAUCGCUAACGCCGUUUUUUUUUUCGAUCAUACGGUAUUUGCAUAGACUAAUGUCAUUUACUAGGGUAUUUGGUUCCAUUUUCCAUUAUAAUUCUUGUAAGUCGUUAGUUUUGUUUUUUUUUACUUCAAAAACCAUUCCAAACUUUUUAUGUAAAUAUUAGAUACAUAAUGUGCGUAAGUUUAUAAAAUCAAUAAAUAUGAACUUGUUCUUUACAUUUGACAUUAUAUUUUU